GAAAGCCGGGAGGCCCGGGGUCGCCUUAUCUAACACUGACAUAGAUACGGUUUGGCCUCAACCGCUUGUCGACUGUUAGAGGGAGGCACUGCGUUUUGGGAGGUCAAGGUUGGAACGUGUAGCGCUAACAAGCAUUCCCGUCAUUAUCCACACGACCAGAGAACUGAACACGUGACAGUUUAUAUAUUUAUAUAAGUACAAGGCGUCUUUAACAUAACGUAAAGAUUAAAGGCGAUCCUUUGGAAGGAAACAGUACUGCUUGCAUGAUGACGGACAAAGAUGUUUGGCUGUCGAUGUUGACCUGUGAUGGUGAGGGCAGAGCGGAAGGUCACCCCAGGGAUUUAUAUCACUUUGAAGAAAGGUACAGAAGAACACCGUCACAGAAUAGUCUCAGAGAAAAGUGUAGUAUUCGGCUGAAGAAGACAUGUUCCAGACAAGCCAUAAAGAAGACUGUUUUGGAGAAUUUCCCAUUUCUGAAGAUAAUGCGUGGUUACAACAUUCUUCGAUAUUUACCGAAUGAUGUCAUUGCUGGAAUGACAGUUGGUAUUAUGCAAAUUCCACAAGGGAUGGCGUACGCAGCACUGGCUUCUCUCCCCCCGAUCUGCGGCCUCUACACGUCCCUGUUUGCCCCACUCAUCUACUUCUUCUUCGGCUCAUCCAGACAUGCUUCCAUGGGUACGAUAGCGGUCGUGAGUCUGAUGAUAGCCGCGGUGCUUGACACACGCCUGGCAGCUGACACGGGCAUUCCUGGAACGACCUUCAACUUGACUCAACCAGGGAACCUUUCCGACCUUGACAUUGAGAGGGCCACCGAUUUUAGAAAGAUAGAAAUUGCUACAGCACUUACCCUUGUGUCCGGCUUGGUCAUGAUGGUCCUGGGGAAGCUUGGGAUGGGCUUCUUGACGACGUAUAUGUCGGAGUACCUCAUCAGCGGCUUCACAACCGGCGUCGCCAUCCACGUCGUGUCCAGUCAGAUAAAGAACGUGCUUGGGUUAAAGGUCAAGAGAUUUAAUGGUGUCUUCAAGGUCAUAAAGACGUGGAUAGAGAUAUUCCGGAACAUCGCGGACACCAACUGGAUACCUGUGGUGACGUCAGCCGUCAGCAUGGUCAUCAUAUACGUCAUCAAGACACAGAUCAACGAGAGAUUCAAAAAGAGGCUCCGCAUCCCUGUACCCAUUGAACUUAUAGUGGUGAUAAUUGGAACAGUGGUUUCGCAUUUCGGACAGUUUAAGAACAACUUUAACGUCAAAGUCAUAGGAGAAAUCCCCGCAGGUAUUCCCCUGCCCAAGAUCCCUGACGUCAGCCUAGUGACGUCACACAUUGGCGAUGCCGUCAUCAUUGGAGUCAUAGCCUUCGCGCAGUCAGUCUCGAUGGCUAAGAUGUUAGCGCUCAAAAACAAACAGACGGUCAAUGCAAAUCAGGAGAUGUUUGCGUACGGUGCCGGGAGCGUCCUCUGUUCCAUCUUCUCUGGCUACAUCCCUGCUGCCUCUGUUGCUCGCAGUGUCGUGCAGGACGGUGCUGGGGGCAUUACCCAGAUCGCCUCCCUCAUGGGCUGCUGUGUUGUGUUGGUGGUGGUCAUGGCGGUCGGUCCACUCUUCUACUCUCUACCCUCUUGUGUCCUGUCCUCGGUCAUUAUCGUCAACCUGAGAAGCAUGUUCAGGCAGUUGUUACAGCUCCCCGUCCUGUGGAGGAGGUCAAAGUGGGAUUUUAGUAUAUGGGUGACAACUCUCAUGUGUGUGAUCCUGCUGGAUGCUGACGUCGGCCUCGGGAUCGGCAUCAUUUUCUCCAUCCUCACCGUGGUGUGCAGAACCCAAAGAUCCGGGUUUACGUUAAAGGGCGAAGUAGAUUCCACAUCGCAGUACAGAUCAAAGAAGAGGUACGAAUGUGUAAAAGUUCUCCAAAGCGUGAAAAUUUUGACAUUUGAAGCGCCUCUAUACUUUGCAAAUUCGGAACAGUUUGUUCUUAAAUCUUUCACCGAUUCUGGUGUAAAUCCUAUGAAAAUAAAGAGGAAGAGGGCAGCACUGGACGCUGAAAAAAGAAAAAGGGAAAAAAAGAAACAGCAGAAUGGGAACAAGGACUCACGGAAGGUGAAAUUCGAAGAAACGAAGGAAAAGAAUGGACAACCGACGGAGCCAGAAUCUCAGAAUGACUCGGAUGUUGACUGUAUCAUCUUGGACAUGGCGGGGGUCACCUUCAUAGACACCAUGGGCGUUAAAGCAUUGACUCGGGUUCUGGUCGAGUUCGAGUCCGUGGACAUCAAAGUAUUGAUUGCCGGCCUGAGAGAGGAAGUAAUUGACAUCCUACAGACGAGCGACUUCAUCCCCCAGCACAAACAACAGCUCUUCUUGGACAUGCAACAGGCCCUUCACUCUCUCGACAACACCAUUCCCAUUUAGCCAUUGGUUCGUACCUGGAGAUUGAGUAUGGUAUGCGUAUUGGAGAAUAUGGACAUUCGCAUAGAAAUGUAGAAGAUAUCCCAUUUGUCGAGACAAGUAAUGCCAAACGUUAUGUCUUGUUAAGCAUCAGAGGUGUGGAGAAAAUAUCGGACGUUAAGAUGCUUUAAGAACAAACGAGAAGAAGCAUUCGUCUGAUCAAUCUCUUCUGGAUUAUUAAUGGAAUGGGAACCCGAUACCCUUCAUAACACACCCGAAAAGGUGAAGAACACUGGCGCUAGUAUCAUCGGCAGAACCAGCAAGAGAUUCCACAGCACACCAGUUCCACAAUCUUUGCAUUGGCUGCCCAUUUGACAAGGAAUAGAGUUUAAAGAUUCUUUCACUCACUUUUCAGUGUUUUCAUCAAACAGGUCCAACGUAUCUCUGUGAUACACUAUCCAGACAUGAACGAACAGGAUGAUAGAGAUCUGCUAUUCUCGAUCUUCCGAGAACAUAGAAACGUCACCAAAAAUCAUUCGGCUGCCGUUCCGUCAUUUAUACUGCUCGAGUUAGGUAUGAAUGAUGAAAAGGAUUGUAUUCUUGGCUGCCAUUUCUAAAUCUUUUUUCUCUCUAUGUACAAAAUAUAUGUAAAACUUGGCAUCCAAUACUAUCUCGGAAUACAAUCUCGAAUACGUGAUAUUGUACAACUUGUCAUGCAAUACCAUCUCGGUGUA